AGAGAUUGUUAGCGAGAAGAACUCAAACACAGCUUUCUAAAUUUCCUACGCAAACGCCGGAGCUCUUGAAAGCACCAUAGCUCUGCGUCUGGAGAGAGAGAGAUGUCGUGCUUGGCGUCGUGCUGUGCGGCAGCGACGUGUGGGCUGUGCACGUCGGUUGCGUCGGGGAUAUCGAGGAAAUCGGCGAGGCUCGCUUACUGCGGUCUCUUCGGUGCCUCCCUCGUCGUCUCCUGGAUCCUUCGCGAAUUCGCUGCUCCUCUCCUCAAAAAAUUCCCUUGGAUAAACACUUCUGAUGCAUAUACCAAAGAAUGGUAUCAGCAACAAGCCGUUCUCCGUGUGAGCUUUGGGAAUUUUCUGUUCUUUGCCUUGUUUGCGCUGAUCAUGAUCGGUGUGAAGGACCAGAACGAUAGGCGAGAUUCAUGGCACCAUGGCGGAUGGGUCGUGAAGAUGAUCGUCUGGUUCUUGCUUGUUACCCUCAUGUUUUUCGUCCCAAACGUUAUUGUUUCAAUCUACGGAACUUUAUCAAAAUUCGGUGCUGGAGCGUUUCUGUUGGUUCAAGUGAUCUUGUUACUAGAUGCUACACACAACUGGAACGAUGCAUGGGUCGAAAAAGAUGAACGGAAAUGGUAUAUUGCUCUGCUUGUUAUAUCCAUCGCUUGUUACCUGGCUACAUAUGGCUUCUCAGCAAUCUUGUUCAUUUGGUUCAACCCUUCUGGUCAUGACUGCGGCCUUAACGUUUUCUUCAUUGUCAUGGCAAUGAUCCUUUCUUUCGCCUUUGCUGUUAUCGCUCUACAUCCCGCAGUUAAUGGAAGCCUCUUGCCCGCAUCAGUGAUAUCGGUGUAUUGUGUGUAUGUAUGCUACACCGGCCUAUCCAGCGAACCACGAGACUACGAGUGCAAUGGACUUCACAACAAAUCCAAAGCAGUAACCACCAGUACUCUCAUCCUCGGAAUGCUCACUACCGUUCUCUCCGUCAUCUAUUCAGCCGUUCGUGCUGGUUCUUCCACCACAUUCCUCUCUCCGCCCUCUUCACCCCGAGCAGCAGGGGCCACGCCAUUGUUGGAAGACCCGGAGGACGGGAAGAAGAAGAGCAACGAAACUGAGCCUCGUCCGGUCAGUUACUCGUACUCUUUCUUCCACGUAAUCUUUGCCCUAGCGAGCAUGUACGCAGCCAUGCUUCUCUCGGGCUGGACCGACUCAUCAGAGAGCGCGUCUCUCAUCGAUGUCGGAUGGACCUCGGUCUGGGUCAGGAUCUGCACCGGGUGGGUCACUGCCGGCCUCUACAUCUGGACCCUCGUUGCCCCUUUUGUUCUCCCCGACCGCGAGUUCUACUAGGGGCAUUCCCGUCAUUUCACGUUUUCCGGGGAGUUCCGCUCGGUGUUUAGUAUCCCCACUGGCCGGAUAGAAAAGGGUACGUCUAUGGUUAGAGUCGUGUGAUCGUGUUGUGUUGCUUUCUGCCUGUCUUUAUCUCGAAAGGUUGAUCUUUAUAUAGUGUUCUUAGAAAAACAAAGCCGAUGAGCGUUCUUAGAUAGUGCUAUUAACGUUAUAUUGUAUAUGUAUAUAUGUAUAUGUAUGGAUCAUGUAGUUGAUGUCAAGUUCUUUGUCUUGCUCUGUAACUGAACUUGAAGAUAGAUCUUUGGAAUGGUGACAUCCGGAUAAUGUCCAUUUCGUGCUCGAAUUAAGAAGUGCAUGUGUUUUCUCAA